CACACUUCUGACAUCCCUUUCCCUCCCCGCGACCUCCAUGAAUCCUUCUCUCUAUAUCUACCUCGAUGAACAGCGAUCUCCACGGCCAUGGCCUCCUCCUCCUCCUCCUCCUUCUUCUCCUCGGCCCCUCACCACCACCCCCAUCUCGAUCACAUCCGCUCUCAGGUCGCCGUCCAUGCUCGCCGCUUCCAAGACACCCUCACCAGCCGCAUUGCUCGCUAUGUCUGCGGCAUUGUCCUCACCGUCCUCCUCAUUGUCGGAAUCAUCUUCUUCAUCCUCUGGCUCGCCCUCCGCCCUCACCGCCCCCGAUUCCACCUCUCCUCCUUCUCCGUCCCUGCCCUAAACCCUAACUCCCCCAUCUCCUUCUCCGUCCUUGAUCGCAACCCUAAUCACAACAUUGGCAUCUUCUACGACGCCAUCGACGCCUCCAUCUUCUUCAUGGACCGCGAGGUGGGCUCUAUCGCCGGCCUCUCUCCCCCUUUCUACCAGCCGGCGAAUAACACCACUGAGUUCCGGGGAGCGAUCCCCGGCAACGGGGCUUCCGGCGGUGAAGGUUCACCUGGCGCUGGUUCUCAAGCGCCCGAUGGGCUCAGCGGGUUUCGGGUCGAGUUGAAAUCUUGGAUCCGAUUCAAAGUCUCCACGUUCGACACGCACCGCCACAAGAUGCACGUCAGCUGCGACGCCGGCGUCGGAGCCGAUGGCCAGCUCCUCCCCGAAUACCGUCGACGCUGCUCCAUCUACUUCUUCUAGUUAUUUUUGCGUUUUACUCCCUGAAAA